AUGGAUACACGUAAUGAUGAAUUAUUAAUAGACGACCAUGAAUCUAUACUAUUCCAAGACUAUCAUUAUAUGAAUCAUAUAAAUCCAGAUUGUAAAUUUUACACACAUCAAAAUCAACACCAACAUUCAGACAAUCCGUUACAUCGUUAUCGUACAAAAUGUGAAACUAUGCAAAAUAAUUUAUUGAUGUUCAAUAGAUCAAAUUUUUUUGAAAAUCAUGAUUAUUUCAAUCUGGGAUUAGAAGAUAACACAUUUCGUUUACAGAAUACCCUAGAAAAUAUGAAUUUCUCACUUCAAAAUAAUGAUACCAGAAUAUGUAACACUGAAUUAUUUGAUAUCAAUGAUAAUUUGAAAACAAGUCAUGAUGAUAUACUCAACAUAACUAAUGAAUCAUGUUCAGAAUAUAUUCAUAAUGUUUAUAAUAAAGAUUUCCAAUCUGUUGCUAAGGUACGCGAAAGACGAAGAAUGUUCAGUAUUAAUUCAGCGUUCGAAGCUUUAAGAUCAUGUUUGCCAACAUUCCCGUAUGAAAGACGAAUAUCUAAGAUUGAUACAUUACGACUUGCUAUUGCGUAUUUGGCAUUGUUGAAAGACUUAUUAGCCAACAUGGAAAUAAUGAAUGCAGAACAAAACAUAGAAAGAGGUCAGCUAGUGAUACAGUUCAUGAUUAACCGGCUAAAUUCAUCUCAAAGACACCAACUUAGUUGGUAUACAAGUGAUUUAAUUGCACGUCUAAAUUGGAUACGUUGGGAUCGACUUGGUUAUUGUGGUACAAUCGACUGGUCAUCUUCAAUUCAUUCUGACUGUUAUCAGUAA